AUGAAUAUUAAUAUUAUUGAUUUUUUAAGCAAUAUUUUUAAAGAAAAUAAUAAUAAUAAUAAUAAUGAAAUAAAUAUUGAACAAAAUCAAUCACUUGUAUCAAGUUUAUUUCUUUUAAUACCAAAUCUUAGUAAACUUCAACUUUUAUUAGAUUUAGAAAGUUAUUUAAAAACUUCUACAAUCUCAACCAAUAAUAAAUUUUUAGUAUUUUUAUUAUCAAUUGGAUAUAAUAUAAUAAAAUAUAAUAAUAAUAAUAACUCAAAUGAAGAAGUUGAAAAUAAAACAGUUUCAAUUAUUAAUUUUUAUAUAAAUAAAUUUAUAAUUCAAAAUGAAGAUAAUAAUAAUUGUAUUGAUGAAAAUGAAAUUAAAAAUAUAACAAUAAUAAUUUCAAAAAUUCAAAAUUUAAUUUUUAAUAAAGAAAUUUAUUCAACAUGUUGUCAAUUAAUUAAUGGAAUUUCAAAUAUUAAUAAUAAUAAUAAUAAUUCAAAUAAAUAUGGUUUAUUCAUUGUUAAUAAUAUAUUAAAUAAUGAAAAUCUUUCAUUAUCAAUUAUUGAAAAAAUGUCUAUUGAAUUUUAUCCAACUUUAAUUCCAGUUAUAAUUGAAAAUUUAGAGAAUUCAUCAAUAAUCAAUCAAUAUACUAAACAACAAUCAUUGUCAAUUUUAUCAAAAAUUUUAUUAGAUAAAAAUAACGUUUCAAUAAUUGAAAAUAAUCAAAUAUUAAAAUCAUUAUAUCAAACAAAUUGGUUAAAAUUAUUAUGGAAUGCAAUUGUUAAACAAAAAGAUAUUAAUGAAAGAUUAAAAUUAUGUUUCUUUUUCCAUCAAUGUUAUUUUGAUUGUUUAUUAUUUAAUUUAAAGAAAAAAUCAAAUAAACAACAAAAACAACAACAACAACAACAACAACAACAACAACAAGAAGAAGGAGAAGAAGAAGUAAAACAAAUUGAACCAAUUUUUAAUAUAAUUGAAAAAGUUGAAUAUUGGAAUAUUUUAUUUGAAUCAUUAAUUGAUAAAGAUUCAUUACCAAGAAAACAAGCAAUUCAUUUAUUGAAAAAUACUGUUGCAUUACCAUCAAUGUUAUGGAAGAAUCAAUUACCAAAGAAUUGGGAACAAAAACAAUGGAAUCUUUUCUUUUCAUUGUAUGAAUGUUUUGAUGAGACAAAAUCACAUUUAUUCAUACCAGUAUGGGUUCAAAUUCAUAAUCUCUCUGCAAAUGUAAAACUUGACGAUAAUUUCACACAAUAUUCAAAUCCAACAUCAAUUUAUUUUUGGAUUAGAAUUUUAUAUUUAAGAGGAUUCAAUCAUAUUAAUAUCAAUAUUAAGAAACGUGUUAUUUUAGAUGCAUUGGCUGAUGUUUCAAUCGUACCUUAUUUAAAUGGUUAUGGAAUCGAAUUCUCUGAAUUCCAAUUACCACUUUUAAAAGCAUUGGAUGCCUAUGAAUUAAGUAAUCCAUAUGAGUUGGAAAGAAAUAAAGAAUUGGGUGAAAGAUUAUCAACUUAUUUCUAUCAUUGUAUUAAAUCAACCAGUGAUUUAGAAGUGCUUUUACAAUUUACAAGUAAAUCAAUCCAAGAAAUUAAAACUAUAAUUUUCUUCAUUUCAACUUUAUCACCAUUGGUUUCAAAAUUAAAAUUAACUCCAACUACAAUCCUUUUUGAACAAUUAAGAUCAAUUUUAACUUGUCAUCCAAUUCAAAAUGAUAAUAAUGAAUUAUAUCAACAAGUUUCAAAUUUCAUAAAAUCUUUAAACAUUUCAACUACUCAACAAAAUUUAUCAUUCUCUCAAAUUUCAAAAAUUUUAUCCUUAUUACCAAAUGAAAUGACUAAUACUAAAGACUUUAAAAAUUGGUUAAAUUCAACUAAUAAUAAUUGGUUUAUAAAUAAUUUAAUUAAAUCAACAAAUAAUUUAUUUAAAGAAGAAGAAGAAAAAGAAGAAAAAGAACAACAAAAAGAAAUUGAUAAUAAUAUUGAGUCAUAUCAAAUUGAAAAAGAAAAUUUACAAGGUUUAUCGAGAAUACUUUCAAUUUGUUUAGAUAAUGAAAUUAAUGAUUAUAUUAUUUCAACAAUUUUACCAUUAUUAAAUUUAUCAUCAACUAAAAAGAAAACCAGAUUAUUAUUAUUUUUAAAUUGUAUUUUGGAUGAACUAUCACAACAACAACUUUUAAAUUGUAAUAUUAUUGAAAAACUUUCACCAUUUAAAGAGAUUUUAGUUAAUUUAGUAAAAGAAUAUAUAUUUUUAAAUAAUAAUAAUAUUAAUAAUAAUCAAACAAUACUUUCAAAAGAAGAUUCAGAGAAAAUUAUUGAUCACUUUAAAACUAUGGAAUCAAUAAUUAGAAUUAUUAAAAAAUUCAAUAAUACAAAUCAAAAAUUAUUUAUUGAAAUGCAAAAUCUUUUAUUAGAUUCUAAAUCAUUAGAUCUUAAAGGAAUAACUAUUGUAUUAUUAGUUUGGAUUCAAUCUAGACAAUAUAAUGGUAGUGAAGGAUGUACAAUAGAGGAACAAGAAAUUUUAAUUAAAAAACUUUUAGAAUUAGAACCAAGAUAUAAAUUUGAUUCAACAAUUUCAUUCAUUCUACCAAAAUCCAUUCAAUAUAAAUGGACUUGUAUUCAUUCAAUAUUAUAUUCAAAUUCAUCAUCAUCAUCAUCAUCAACAUUUAGCUAUGAUCAAGAAAAAACUUUUGAUUUAGCAAUUUCAGCAUUAGAUAAUGCAACAGGUUCAGUAUUAAUUCCAAUCUUUGAAUGUUUAUCAAUUGUAAUUUCUGCAAACAAAAAACAAGAUGAUACAAAUUUAAUCACAUCAAAUGAAGAAUAUAUGAACCAAUUAUUUAAACAAUCAUAUUUAGCUUUUUCAGAUAGUAAUAGAAAACCAAAUAAUUUAUGUGUUGCCUUUACAAAUCUAUUAUUUAACUCUGUAUUAUUUGAAAAUCCAGUUACAAUCCCUUUGAUUAAAGAAUAUUUAAAACAAACACUUGGCGAUUGGGGUGAAUCUGCUAGAAUCAGUUGUGGUCUUUUGAGUCAUUGUUGUGGAAUUUGGUCAAAGAAAACAAAUACUUUACCAAUAUUUUUAAAUGAAAUUAUGGAUCUUUGUUUAUUAACAAGUGAAGAUCAAUUAAUUUUAGAAGAUGAUUAUGAAAAUAUAACUGAAGAUAAUAAUAAUAAUAAUAAUAAUAAUAAUAAUAAUAAUAAUAAUAAUAAUAAUAAUAAUAAUAAUAAUAAUAAUAAUAAUAAUAAUAAUAAUAAUAAUAAUAAUAAUAAUAAUAAUAAUAAUAGUUUGGAAUCUAAACAAUUAUUUAAUAAUCAUGGUUAUAUUAUUAGAUGGUUUGUUUCACAAUUAGAAUCAAAAGAAUGUAAACCAUUUGUUGAAACAUUAUUAUUAGAAUUAUUGCAAUUAAAUUUUAAAGGUGAACUUUCAAAGAGAGAAUAUUCACAACAAAGUAGAUUAAACAAAAUUAAAUGUAAACUUUGGAGAACUCUUUGUUCAUUAACUCAUAUAGUUUCAUUUACUAGUGGUGGUGAAUCAAAUGAUCUAUAUGAAAAGGUUUCAGAUUUAAUGUGGAAAACUUUAGAGUUAAAGAAUCAUGGUAAUGUUAGAUACUUGAUUCAAUUAUUUAUUGUAAAUGUUUUAAUUAAAUCACCAAAUAUUCAAAUUACCAAUCAACAAUUAAUUAAUAGAAUGGAAUUAUCAAUUAAUGCAGACUAUCAAAUAUCUGCAUCUUUAAUCAUUAUCUCUUCAACUUUUCUCUACUAUCUUUUAAAUAAUUAUCAAGAUCAUUAUCAAGAUUGUGUUAUUAAUUUAUUUAAAACAAUUUUACCUUGGUCAACUGAUUUCCAUCAUGCUGUUAGAACAACUUCUCAAUUAGCAAUUUAUUCAAUUAUUAAUAAGAAAUUUAAAAUUUUACAACAAUUUAAUGAUAAUCAAUUUAUACUUUCAUUAUACAAUUAUUUGGAUACACAUAAAAUUCAAAAGAGAUUAAGAGAAAAGCAAACAUUAUUUAUUCAAAAUGAUGACCCAUUGAAAAAGACUUUAGCUGAUAAUAUAUUUACAACAUCAUCAACCAUUGAUUCAAAUAAUAAUAAUAAUGAUGAUGCAGAUGAUGGUAUUGAAGAAAGUGAAAAGCAACAACAACAACAAGAUGAUGAUUAUUCAAAUUUAUCAGUUUUAGAUGAUUCUGUUAUCCCAAUGUCAUUAUUGGAUAUUUCAAAGAGAUUAAUUAAAGAUUUUCAAGUUUCAUUCCAAAAUAAUCAAAUCCAACAACCAAUCGUUCCAACAUCUGCAUUAUCAAAAUCUGAAGAACAACAACAACAACAACAACAACAACAACAACAACAACAACAACAACAACAACAACAACAACAACAACAACAACAACAACAACAACAACAACAACAACAACAACAACAACAAUCAGAGACUAUUAUUAAUUCAGAAACUUCUAAUAUUCCUUCAUCCACUGAAGAAGAUAUUUUAGAUUUCCAAAGAAGAAUUACACCAUGGCAAUGGGUUAACAAAUUGGAAGAACAUCACCAAAUCUCAAGUGGUAAUAGUAAUUCAAAGAAUUCUAAGAAAUCAAGACAAUCAAUUAUUGUUUGUGGUACUUUAAUUGAAAACACCCCAAAUAUUGCAGGUUUAAUUAGAACAUGUGAAAUUUUCAAUGUUGAGGAAGUUGCCAUUCCAAAUAAUAAACUUUUAAGUGAUCCUCAAUUUCAACGUGUUAGUGUAUCUGCUGAAAAAUGGGUACCAACAAUUGAAGUCACCAAACCAAAUUUAUUGGAUUAUUUAAAACUUAAAAAGAAACAAGGUUAUUCGAUCCUUGGUGUUGAACAAACAAGUCAAAGUAAAAGAUUAUCAAGUUUCCAAUUUCCAAAUAAAUGUUUGUUACUUUUAGGACAAGAGCAAAAUGGUAUACCUGCUGAAUACUUAUCAAUAAUCGACUAUGCAGUAGAAAUUGAACAACUUGGUCAAAUUAGAAGUUUAAAUGUUCAUGUAUCUGGUUCAAUUGUAAUAUGGGAAUAUACUCAACAACAAAUUUUAAAACAACAACAACAACAAUAA